AUGCAGCAUUGCAGUACUCCAAAUGACGGGCCAGAACCCGUGCUUGCCGCACUAAAAGAGGAUGUCCACACCUUUUGGAGAUGUAUGGCCUCAGCAAGGUCAUACAUCCUGUGCCUCGAAGAGGACCUGUUAGUGCAGUAAGAAAAUUUCCCUCCUGUGUGGAAGGACAUUCUAUUACUAUUCAAUCAGGAGUUUAGCUCCUUUGUGUGGAAAGUGCAUGAUGUAUAAUCAGACUUUGUUUUUUUAGGAUAUACACAACUGGCAUGUUUCAACUGGAGGCAAUGAUGGGAAACUCCAAGCUAACUUAUGUAAUACAUAUAAAAUGUAAGUUGUGUUUUUGAGACUCAUGUUAUAAUAGAUAUAAUAGAUAUGUGAAAAGCAAGAAAAUUUGGUUCAGCCAAACCAUUUAUCCCGAAAAUAGAAGUUUUUUUUCUUUAAGCUACCCAAAUUUUGGUCAUAUGUCUAUUCAGGUCUGCAGAAUUUCAGUACCAAAAACCCGAUUGGCAAACAAAUCCAAAGAGCCAAAAGGGAGAGUAAAUGGGCCAAUCAAUGUACUGAAAAAUCUGUAAACAAUAUAAUAUUAUUGCAGUAUAUUUUGCAGUCCACAGAUAGGAGCAUUUUUCCAACAUUCGGUUCAAAGAUCAAGUGAAAAAAAUAUAAACAAAUAUUAAUAUUAUAUAUUUUAUUCCCAUCAAUCAUCUUUUUUUUUUUUUCUUUUUGGUACCUUCAGGCAGAAUUCAGAAUCACCAAUCAAUACUAACAUCCUUGGCCAUUGCAUGUUUCAUUUCGUCCGUGAUUCGGCUAUAUUUCGUCAUGUUGUUCGGGAAUUCCACCAAUCACCCAGUCGGCCAAAAUAUGGACAAACUGCAAUUUGCAUCAAAACGAAUCUCCAAGCCAAUAUUAUAAGUAUUUGUUCUAUGCAGUAUGUACCGGAUAUAAGUUGGGAGUGUAUGCAUGGUUGGAUGGGAAUCUUUGCCAGAGCAAGGGGUGUGUAUGUGUGUGAAACCUAUGUUAGAUGUGUAUCUGUGUAAGAGCUUGAAAAACGCGUAAUGUAUGCAUGAGGCUUUUAUGUGAUCUGUGUGUAUAUACGACUUAAGUCAACCUGUAUUUUAAGCCACGAAGAUUGGAGGGGAUGGUAAAACAUAGAGGGGAGGCAACAGAUGGAGUGUUAACAGUUUGUAGGGUCUGCUAUGAAUUCCUUAAUUGCACGUUGUGUUUUUGUUUUUUGUUUGUUUGCUGUUUGUUUGUUGGAGGGGUGGUGUUAAGGAAAAUGGAGGAUCCAUAAACAGUCACUAGGGUAAGGGUAAGGCACUGACUCCUUGUCUAGUACAGGAUGGAUUGCCUCUGCCCCCUACCCAUUGGUAUAUAGACAGAGUAACAUAAAAUAAGGUGCUGGGUUUUCUCUGGUUACAUUUAAGUGGAAACCAUGUACAUAAACACAUAAGGGGCAGAAAAUAUUUUUAUUUAUUUUUAUUUAAAGAAUAAUAAAAUGCUCUCACGUUUGCUGCACAUAUGGAAAGGGUUGCUAUCCAAAAAAACUGUUUUCUUUUGUGAUUUAACUCCCAGCCAUAAAAAGCUGGCACACCUAGGGGGCAGAUUUCAAUGUACCAUGAGAAUACCUAUUUAUUUUUUAAAUCCAGCUGUUUAAAGACAGCAAUAUAGUCAGGCGACCCUUGAAAUGUUUUUCGUAUUAAUGAACGAUAACAAAAAACAAACAGUCUUACAAACAACUCAGGAUUCAAUUUCCAGACAUACAUUUUUGAAUGGUAGCCCACACAGUAAUAAUUAUUCUUCUGAUUAAAAUUUUUAAAAAAAAUAAUACAUUUUGCAAAAUGUGCAUCAUUAAGGAAAUGUUUUAUCAGUUUAUUUUUUAUACUGUGUAUUUCAUUGAGAAAAUCUAUAUAUUUAUCUAGAUAAAAAUGGUGUAUUUAAGGUCCCAAUAGAAAAUUACUUCAUCCAACUUUCACUCACCUUCCAGUGUAUAUUGAUGUAUUUAUACUCCAGAUCAGAUAAGACUGGAUUGGUUUUAUCAGAAAGAUUGGUGCUGACAUGUUAAGAGAUGUACUGACACUAUGUCUACUAAUAUAAUAUGCUGUGACAAAGCGCCUAGUAUGUUUAAUAAUAUAUAUUCCAAUAUUUUAGGUUAUAGUGUACUAGGAUACAGUAUACAUUAAUGCAGUGUGUAUUACCUCUGUAAAUGAAAUGUACACUGUGUGUUUGCAUAAAAUAUGUAGUAACACUUUUCUGCCUUGUGUACUAAUUUACACAGAUAUAAUAUGCUCUAAUGAAAUGUAUGCCAACACUGAUAAUGCAUACUUAUGUAAUGUACAACAUAACAAUUUACUGUGUAAUAUGAAUAUACCAUGAAAAUAUUUACAUAGCAAUAUACAUUUUAACUAAACCAUUUAUAUUGCAGUGUGCACGUAUGUAGUGUAUACUGAGGCAAACUCUACUAAUAUAAAAUAUGAACACAAAAAUAUGACUGUAUUCACAUUUAUAUAAUAGCUUACAAUAUAUAACAUAAACUGAUAUGUCAUAAGCUGAUGUGCUGUGUAGGGUGUACACUUAGAAUGAAUCAAGUAAGUUCUUACAACUUUUGAUUAUUGGUAUAAUGUGUGUACUUGGAUUGUGUGUAUAUGUUCACAAAUAAAAUGAGCACUUUUGCAAGGAUUAUACAUUAAUGGUGUGCAAAAUAAUGCAAUGUUGACUGUAAAAGCAAGAUGGUAAAGAUAAAAAGAUAGAACUUUGUAAAUAGUUGGUACUUUUUUCAAUACACUUUGCAUAUGCAUGUAAGCUUUCAAUGAGAGAGAUGGGGGUACAGAAAGAAAAACAGGGGGAUGUGGGGGUACAAUUUCAAAGGUUUAACAUCCAUUUAAUCAUUGGUACUUUUUAUGUAUUUUUUAUCAUUUAUAGUGUUGGGGAAAGGUUUUAGGUGAGGGAAUGGUUCAAACUUUCAUUUAAUGUGCAUUUAUGACAUUUGGGUUGAUGUGUACAGAUAUAAAUAAUGUCAGAUAGAAUUAUUAACACCAUCACAUGCAAAAGUGUUGGAGUUUUUGUGAUUUUAUAUACCAAUGUAAUUGUCACUUUAUUAAAUAGACUCUCAUUAAAUGCACAGUAAUAUGUAUCCACACAAAAUGCUUUGUAAUAUAUAAACUACCAAUAAAUAGUAUUAUUAUGUGCAAUAUGUACUUCUGUCUUGUGGAUUAAUGUUAUUUACAUUGAUAUAAUGAACAAAUACUACAGUUUGUAUUACACAGUGUAUUCUGGGUUCAUAUGCUUUAUGUAUCAGUGACAUAUGUAACAUAUACUUAUGUAGUGUGCAUUGUUGCAACAUGUACAUUGUGUGUACAAAACUAUGGAAUACAAACGAAAUGUUUGACAGUUUCACGUGUGUUUUAUAAUCUGGGUUAUUUAAUGGAGUAUUUUAUAAUCUGGUUUAUCUGAAUAUUUUUUGGUGCAUUGCAUAAUCUUUACAUUGUAAUUAAAAAAAAAAAAAAAAGGAAGAUUUCAAAUGAUUGUUUAACUCUUAUCUUAAUCGAUGGUGCCAGACACUUUGCAGAAUAAUUCAUUAUUGCCUUUAAUUACUAAUCUGAUCUAAUUAAUACUUACAGCAAAAUAUGUGGUAAACACAGUCACUUUCGACUCGAUUGCUGUUUCAUUUUAAUUCAGCUGGAACUAAUGAACGAAUCUGUAGCAUGGAAAAAAAUAAUAAUAAUUUUAAAUAUUCAAGAUGAUUCCUUAACCGUGUGAGCAUUACAAAUAAUAUUCUUCUUCUUAGAUAUAGAAUUAAUAUCAUGGCAAGCAAGAGCAAUGUAUAGUUUCCUUAUUUACUGCUACUUUAUUUAUUUAUAUAUAUUUUUUAUUUUUUUUUAUUUUUUUUAUUUUUUUUUAUUUUUUUUAUUUUUUAAAAAAUUGUUUUUUUUAUUUUUUUUAGAGAGAUUUUAUUAUUUAUUCCUUAUGUUUGCUGGGUGGGUGUGGAUUAGUCUCUGUUGAUGUAACUUAAUGAGAUUAUUAAUAUAUGUUAUUAUAAACACUCACUGUGGUUGCUGUCUCACGCCGUUCUCAGUCUGAGACCGAGUACACAUGUAUUACAGCCUGUAGAACAGUCACUCGUAUUGCUGUCACAUAACAGUAUACAUCUGCAAGUUUUUGUACAAAAUAAAUCCUUACACAGAAUAAUGUGAAUUAAAUGUAAAAGCCUCGUUUUUAAACAAUAAAUUCAAAACACUGUUCAAAUGACUGAGUUUCAUUCUUGUCUCUUGAAUGUUUAGAGGGUAUUUAACAUAUGAAUAGAUUUUUUAAAAAAAUGUAACUCUCUCUAUAUAGGAUUUUUUCAUUAGAAUAUGAAUUUAGCAUCUCAUCUGAAUAAGCAUUUGGUAUAGUUUUUAGCGUUUGAAUAGAUCCACAAGUCCAAAGGUUAUUGAGAAACUAAAUCCCAAAUAUUUCACCUCCAAUAUGCAAUAGAGACUUACAGUCACACAAACAGUCUUGUCACUAAUUAAUUAGGUUGCUAUAAUAUUAUUUAUAAAUGUGCAUCUAUAGGCAUUUUAUUAUUACUGCAUGUUACCAUCAUCUAUCGAAGACUUGGUUUGUUUAUAAAAUAAAGGUUACUUAUUUAUUAAAACCAAAUAGAAUGUGAAUGUAAAUUGAAAAUCCAUUGAAACUGCAAUAUUUCAUUCCCCCCAAAAUAAACAAAAAAAAAUUUGAAUCGGUCCAAUGCUCUAAUAAACAUAGAUUUAAAUGUAUACCAUACCUACAACUUAAUAUAUUUAUUGAUACUGCCUUUGCAAAUUAAUAACUAGAAACCAUGCAAUGCCAUAAUCUGUUAUAUAGAACAUUUUGUAUAUAUAUUUGCUUAUCAUUAAGAAUAGAGCGAUAAUUAUAUUUGGGAUAAUGCGUGAUAUCAAUGAUUUUUUUUAAAAUAUAUAUUUUUUCUUAUCUGUCGAUCGAAACUGAAGCCCAGAAAUUUUACAAGGGGAACAUUAGAGAUGUCAUUGCUGAAUCCUUGUACCUACCUAGUAGAAAAAAAACAACAAAAAACAAUGUUGCAUUACCUCCAUUUUCCGCUGGGUGGUGCCCGAGCAAUUCAAAAGUCGAUUACCUGGUCAGAUAUGCGGUGCAAGGUUCUAACUCAGAAUCUAUACUAAGCAUGUAACGGAUCAGUUAAUCAGACAGACACAGAAUUAGCUAAAUAUUGUAUGUGACUGCGUUUUAAAUGUUAUUUUAUGCCUCAGCACUGUUGUGGUCUGGCUGUGUAAUUGCAUUAGUUUGUGCCUUCUGUCAUGUUAUUGUGUGUGUUACAUUGAGAUAGAUCCUGCCUUGCAUCUACUGAGCUUGCCAAGCAAAAGGCACAAAAAAUGAUUGUGCCAGGAGGCACUGGUGUAGCUCCCAAAACUUUUAACUCUCUUAAAGUGCCAAUGCAUUGAAGGGCUGUUCAAUUCCUCAUUCUCUCAUUUCCUCAACAGAAGCAAUCUAAGUUAAGACCCAAGUGUCCUUCUAUGCUACUGUUGUCUUUUAAAAAAAAAUCUUCAUCAAGUUGCAAAAGCACAGAAAAAUUACAUUAAAAAUAAAAAAUAAAAAAUAAAAAAUCCAAAGUUAUUCUGUGCAGUCCCAAUUAGGUCUGUAGUUUGGCAGAAAGCUUGGAUUAUGUACAAACUGUGUCUACAACCCCAAAACAUGUCAACUUCUACAAGGAAUGCAAAGUUGUCCUUAAAUACCCUUGGGAGCACACCUGAGUGGCACAGAAACACACACAUAGGACUGAAAAAGGGCCAGGGUGGGCCAAAACGUUGAUUAAAGGCAUUAUUAUAUGUCACCUGCUAGAGUUCUGAAAAUGACUGGAUACUUUGUAGACACGUGAAGACAAAAGUUAAAAACAAGUUAAAGAUACACAGUAACGAAAAAAUGAAUCUAGAAUUCUAUGCAUAGGAGCUCCAGUAAAAUGAUCCUAUGGAGGGUGAGGAAGAUUGUAUAUGAAUUUGGUCAUUUUGGAAGUCUUCUUACACGUACAGAAAGGCUUCCCUUUGCUAAUAGUAGCCAUUAGCACUCUACACACGUAGAGAAAACGCAACAUCUGCUUGGUAAUAGCAAUGAGACCAUAAGAGGACUCCCAGACCUUGUUAGAAACAUUUGGGAUCAGUGUAUGUGAUUGUCACAAAAGAAAUCUUAGAAAGCAGGAGGACUGUGUUCAUUAUUUCCCCUUUCUCCUCACAGGCGUUAUAAAGUGUGAAUAAAGUAUUGUAUUUCUAAAUAAAAGGGACUAAAAAAAAAAAAAUCAUGUCCAAUGGAUGAUAGGCAUUAUUUCUAAAGAGGGGGGAAAAAAACAAAAAAAACAGAGAUUACUAGGGGGACCAUUAUAAAAAAAAAUUUAAAAAUCACAAAUUCUUCUGGAUUUUUUUUUUAAGCAUCUAUUUAAAGAAAGGAGGGAAAUUUCAGCAACUAAUUGGUUUAAACCUUGUGUGCACUUGUUGCACCUCUGUGCUGUGGGACAUUAAUGCAACAAUUAAAUGGUCUAUGUGUCUGGGAAGAGAAGGGUUAAAUGGCGAGUCUAUUCUGGGUUCUGACCACCAACCUGCCUUACUUACUUGUUAUUGUAACCCUGUAGAAUUAAGGCGAAGAUUCUAAAUAAAAUAAAAUAAUAAUACCGUUUUAUGACAAUAUUUCUUUGCUUAUUUGUUUAUGUAUUUAUUUAUGUUUGUUAAUGUUUGUUUUUUAUUUUAUUGCUCUUUGUUAUGUGUCGAUAAGCCUGCAAACUGUGCAUUAUUUAGCGUGGUUUCCUCGAAAAGAAAGAUGUAUUUUUUAUUUGAUUAUGCAUGUUAUAAACACAAGUACUUAUUUGUGUUUUGUUUUUGUUUUGUUUUUUGUUUGUUUUUAAUUAAAUAUUUAGAAUUCCCUGAUGUGAUUGUAUGAUUAAAUCUUUCGGCUUCUAUUCGGGUGGAAAUAUGAGAACAAAACAGAAUCGUAAACAUGGUACACUAUUUACUAUUUAAUGCUACCUUGAUUUCUCGUGGAGUGCAGUUAUAACACUGUGAGCAUUCAGGGGCUAUAGAAGAAGAUGCAAAAGUGCCUAUUUUUUUUUUUAUUAUUAUUGUCUCCGUAGACUUACCAUUCGUAUUGGGGGUUUUUUUGGGUUUUUUUAAAAACACUUCUAACCUGGUAUCAUGUAGCUUGAUAAAUAUGACUGAUUAUGAAACCACCAGAAGUAAAUAUCUUUUUAAAAAAAAAAAGAAGAAAGAAAUUAAGUUACUGGUAUCAAAACAAAAAAAAUAAAAAACUAUUUUUAUAAAGGGUUUCACUUUGUUAAACUAAAGAGCAAGUGGGAUUAUUGACACAGCAUGGUGCAGUAAUAAAUUGCUAGUCCCUAGAUGGAUUCAAUAGCAUUUCAGAACAUAUUUUAAAUAAAUUCGGUCGAAUUUACUUUGCUACUUUUUAACUUUUUAGGUUAUAUGAUCUGUGCAUCUUUGCAAUGGGGGAGGGGGGCUAUCAUAUUUCUUAACCUUACAACAGAUACAUAGACACAUAUAGGAACACGUUUUACUUCUAAAUCUUCCAUCAGAUAUUCACAGAUUAUUGCCGUGGGAAUUAUACCCUUAAGUAUUAGAGACUGAUGGUGAUUUGAAACCAGGCUUGCAAAAUUUAAGAGAAAUGUAGGACAAAAAAUAAUCAGCCAGGUUGGAGAAUUUUUCUCAUUCUGAUGUUUUGGCCUUGAAUUUACAAGUUGGGGCUCAACAAAAUCAGAACUUAUUGUUUAGUGAAUAUAUCCCUUAUAGGACACACAUAUCACAAAAUCGAAAUCUCUAUCAGACGGGGUGCAAAUUUAGACAAUUCACGUCUGUUCCUGUAGGUGGCGCAAUGCUAGCACUCAGAACAGGCUUUUAUGGCUAAGAAAUUCUGAAAAAGGUUUUUUAGUGGUUAAAAAAAUAAUAAUAAUAUUUCACUCUAUUUAAUUCUCUUCAUUUACAAGAAACCCCUCAAAUUCGUAAACUGAAAAUGUGUUUCAUCUCCACAUGACUAUGAAUAAAAAAAACUGUUUGAAUAAAUAGGUUUUUUUUUCUAAGCAUGUUGUUGUCAGUGCUAAACACCCUAUGUCAUUUUUAUUCAAACACUAACAUGAUUACACCCAAUUAUAUAUUCAGCAGUCUUCCUUAUUUUAGAGUAAAUUUGCCUGUCUUUAAUGAAACCAGACAUAAUGGAUCCAGCACUAGAUUUUGCCUCUCAAUAAUUUGAUUGAAUUACUCCUUCUAUCACGUCUGAAAUUGUAUAUACAUAUAUACCUUACAUACAUAUACAUAUAUACACACACACGAGACAGAUAAACAGGUCAAUAGAUAGAUCGAAAGAUAGGUACAUUGAUGACAUAUAAUCAAACACAGACAUAUCUAAACCCACAAACACACACAUUUUGUUUUUGAAAACAAACAUUGCGUGUGAGUGUGUGCAAAUAAUGCACUAUUAAUUUUUGUUUUCAAGUUGGUGUUUUUUUCUUUUAAAACCUAUUAGCCAAUAUUUUUUUUUCCCUACUCCUGAUUGUCAAACUUGCAAUUUAUCAUGUGCGUGUAUUGUAACUAAUGUUAAAGUCACAAAGCCAAAGAAGGGGCAACUUGGGGAUUCUCAUUUUAUCUGUUAAUGUAAUGGUUUUGUUAUGCAUUGUACGUUCCAAAACAAUAAAACAUGCAGGGACAUGUUGUUCAGUUAUAAUAUUUAUCAAGGGAUGUUGGAUACAGACACAGUGCAACAGAAAAAAAAUACACACACAAAAGCCAAUACCAUCCCUCCUUGCAAUUAGUGUAAUUAUCUAUACAGUGUUCUCAUGUUCUUGUAAGUAAGGUGUGAUAACCUCACUUUAGGUCUAGGUAGUAUUAGAUUAGACUAAGCAAGGCUGUGUUUAUGAGAGAGCAAGUAGUUUGUACAGAUUACACCUUCACAAAUUGCCUAAAAUUAGGGACUGUGUAUUUAAGACUCAAAAUGCAAUAUUAUGCAUAACAAACAAUACAAAACACACACGAAAAAUAUAUAUAUAUAUUUUUUUGUUAUUAUUUCUAUAACAGUUAACAAUGCAUUCACACCGAUCAGUUUACUGUGAACAAGGAAGGUUUAACUUGCUACUAUUUGACAUUUAUUUAUUUUAAUUUAUUUUUUAUUUCUAUGGUGUAAAAAAUAGAAAAUAGAUACUGUUGGGUGUUUGAUAACACUUCUCUGGGUUACUGGGUUUAAAAAAAUGCUAAUGCUGAUUUAAAAUAAAUUUGUUUUCAUUAUUAAUCAUAAAGUCCUGUGUUAUCCCUACUGAAACAAAAAAUACACUGAAUAAUUCUAUGUUAUUUUUUAUGUACUAUAUUGCUUAGAUUUAUAAUGAUUGCUCCCUGUGUUGUGAAUCUAGGUAAUGUUGGUGUGUCUACAUUAGAGAAUAUUUAAACUCCUUUCUCUAGUUAAAUUCAUGGUGGAACUUUGUUUUUGUUCUUUAUCUGUUUGUUUAAAUGUUUUGCUUUUUUCUGCCCAAGAGAUAACUCUAGCCAUGAGUUAUUAUUGUGAGAAUUUUUUUUUUCUCUACUAAAUAUGUGCAAUUAUUUCAAUGACUAAUGCUUCUUUAUACCAUGGCAACACACAUCAAAUGUAUACCUUUGUUUUAGAAAAAUAACAAAAAAAUUACAAACAGCUCCCAAAUGACUACAGUGGGUGGGAAAACAGACAGAGGACAAGAGUCUCGAGAGCUUAGGCUUCCAUUGCAUGUUGCAAGUACCAGAAAAUCACAUGUACUUUGAUUUCACAAAGAUUACAAAUGAUACAACAUUAAUGCCUGGAUUAAAACCAUUGUUUCCCAUCAGGCGAUCUACCUAUGUCAUAGGGAAAUGAAUACCAAUCUUUAACUCUGCAAAAGCAUUUAGCUUAUGGGGUAUUCUUUAGACUUGGGAAUUUGAGAUAGAUAGAUAGAUAGAUAGAUAGACAGACAGACAGAUACAUUAUAGAUAGAUAGAUAGACAUAUACAUUAUAGAUAGAUAGAUAGAUAGAUAGAUGGAUGGAUAGAUGGAUAGAUAGAUAGAUGGAUGGAUAGAUGGAUAGAUAGAUAGAUGGAUGGAUAGAUAGACAGACAGAUAGAUGGAUGGAUAGAUAGAUAGAUAGAUAGAUAGAUAGAUAGAUAGAUAGUUUACAACAGAGGAAGGGGAAGUGUGAAGAUGCAACAGCAGAGGGUGUUUUUUAUACAAAUGUUGCAUUUUACAUUGGUGUCACAAAUGUCCACAUUAUGAGCCAUUCUGGGGUUACCAGUGUGCAAGAAGCGAUUGAAACAGCCCUCCUGUGUAAUCUUAGUCCCUGCAAAUCAACCUCUAUUCUGUCUCUUUUUUUUUUUUUACCAUACAUAAUCAUAAAAUGACAGACACAGGUCCCCUACACAGCCAGCAUACUAGAGGGGACAUCCAAUGAAAUGAAGGGUCAGUCUUUACAGCUAAACUGCUUCAAAGGAUACAGAUUAUUUGUUUCAAUGUAUAUUUCUAUUUAUUUUUGUUCUGGUGUGUUUGUGUUAGCAGAGGUGGUGUGGGCAGCAUUGAAGGACUCUCAAUCUUAAAACCUAGGCUCAUUUUAAUGGAACCAGUAGUCAAAGAGUUAAGCUUUAUAAAUACUAAUGUAGGGAAGCUGCACUUGUCUCACAUUUUAUUCAAUAUCUGUCAUUAAUCCAUGCAAAAAAAUAAAUUAAUUAAGAUGCACCAACUUGCAGUGGAGAUACAUACUUUAUAUAUUUGCGAAUUAAUGUCUUUUGUAGCUACUUUUUAUUCUAAUAUAUGAGAAACACGAAUACCAACAGGGGCAGAAUAACGCCUCAAUCUCAAAGGCACAAGCACUUGAUGUGACCCUCCUAAGAUUUCGAAAUGUUUUUUAUUUAUUUAUUUUUAUUUUUAUUUUUUAAGUAUAUAUAUUUUAGAUAAUAUAAAUAUGCAACCCUGUCUAUGAAAUCAGAUUUAUAAUCUCUCUGCAGCUCCUUUUUUUUUUUUUUUUUAUAAAAAAAAUAAAAAAUAAAUGCUUGCACCGUUUUAUAUUGCAGCGAUACUGAAUUCCCAGGCAAGGAAAGGAUUAAAAAAAAAGGCAUCUUAAACCUCCUCAGUGGUUUUAGUGGUUUUGAAUGUAGGGCCUCCUUCCCACAUCGAUAGAUAUUGUCAUUGUUAGAGAAUUCUUUGUCCUCUUCUAACACAGAUAGAUCGAUAGAUAGAUAGAUAGAUAGAUAGAUAGAUAGAUAGAUAGAUAGAUAGAUAGAUAUGAAGGUAGGUAGUAAGUAGGCAGAUAGGUAGGUAUUAUGGAGCUAGCUCAAUUUGUCUCAUAUUCAGUGCCAGAUUCUGUUGCAUGACUUGUUUAUUACUUAACUAAGUCUCGUUUGGAGAAUUCUGUUAUUAAAAAAUAAAAAUGGAGAGAAAACAACUUGUCCCUGAAUGUGAGGGAUUCCUUGGCCAAAGAGUCAUUACAUCAGUAGCCUCGCACCGCCCUUACUCCCCUCAACCUAUGGAUUUGUGUGAUCAUCAGGAGUAAGUGCACAUUAACCAGCAGGCCCCCACAAAUGCACGCUUUAUACAGCAAGCCAGACUGCUUCCAAUCCUGUUAGACUUUCCUGAGAAACAUUAACUCUUGGAGAGCUACACACACAUUCUAAUAAGAGAAUGAAUAAUAAUAAUUAAAAAAAAAAUACUGACUUUAAAAAAUAUUCUCAGAACUAGGUGAGUAUCCUAGAAUCAUAGAAUAAGCAUUGGUAUAUAUUUUUUCACACGCUCAUACACAACAUACACACACACACACACACACAAAUUGUGGAUAAUUGAGACGAGAAUGUUAGACCAAAAUUAGCUGAGAUGGAAGUUUUUAUGGCCAAAAUGUGUAAUUUUCCUGUAAUUUUUACAUAAUUCAUGGGAACUCAUUUAUCCUGAAUCCAGUUUCAAUCUCUGUCCCUAAUCUUCUUCAAUCCUACUUCCCUGCAGUCCAAAUAUAACUGUAUUAAUAGUUGGCUACAGUGUACAGUAUAUGAUAAUACAUAAAAUGUGUGUGUGUGUGUGUGUGUGUGUGUUUGUGUGUGAGAUAGGACAUAAACACUGAUCAUAAAUUGGUAAGGUGGGGUGAUUUAAAUAUGCUCUAUAGUUUUUAUGUAUUAUAGGUAUGUUUGUGUGUGUGUGUGUGUGUGUAUACAUAAUGUCUAUGUAUAUUUAUAUAUAUAUAUAUGUAUAUAUGUAUGUAUAUAUAUAUAUAUAUAUAUAUAUAUAUUGUUUGUGUGUGUGGAUUAUAUUAUAUUUGUGUGCCUGUUGAAUAUUAUGUUUGUGCGUCACUAUGUGUUUGUUUCCCUCUUUCUCUGCCUCUCCGCUGCUUUUCAGUGAAUUUUUCUGUGCCAUAAUGUUAUGAUGGGAGGCUGGUGAAAUGACAAGCUUGUCUUAAUCAUCAGGUUCUUAAUUUAGUUUUAGUGCUGAAGUUUGUAUGUGUGUGUGUGUGUGUGUGUGUCUGUGUCUGUGUGUCUUUGUGUGUGUGCCCUGAG